AUGGCCGGAGUUGGGAUCUCUUGGGGAACCAUCAAAUCCCUCCUGAUAUUCUUUGGCCCAAUACUUCUCCCCCGAUUAAUAGGGGCUUACCGGGCCUAUCGAGUAUCAAUCGCAACUCGUCCACCACUGCGUCCGAUCCCCGCCGGCGCUAAUCAAGCACUGAAUCUGCUAUUUGGAAGCAUUGUCCUCUUCCUCAUCCUGAGCCUACCUUUCAACCCUCACGCGCCUGGACCUAAUGUCUUUACCCUGACUCGUUCGCGACUGAAUACUCCGACCGAUGUCAUCUUUCACCGACUCUCAAGACUUCGGCCAGAUAAUCUCUUGACCGACGCGGACACCCUCCUUCAAACCAAGCUCACCUCUUUGGGGGCUCGCAAAGUAUACCUCACAUUUGGCGCCGAUGCCUUAACGUCCUGCCAGUUCUGUUCCUUCGAUAACCUCAACACCUACUUUCUCUACUACCUUCCAUCCAAUAUUCUCCUUCCGCACCUCCUCCACUUCCUUAUCCUGGGACUCGCUACGUCCGCACCUUUUGGCGGCAAGGAAUCCGGUCAUUGGCGUACCAAGUUUACCCUUGCUGGUUUGGCACUAGCAGCACUAGAUAUCUGGGUUGUCUUUUCCUAUGAUGCAGUUCAGUCGGCAUCCCCCGAUGUACGGGCUGGCAAGGUGCCUCCAACUGGACUCUACAUUUACAUGGCACUUCUCCGACCGCUCGCAUUCACCAUCUGCGAUUCUGUAUGUGCUAUGAUAAUAUACCUCUCAUCAACGAACCGAUUCUUCUUCAAACCGCCGUCUCCAGUGGAACAACUCGACCAGGCGGUGUCAGCCGCACUGGCUGCUGCCACUGGAGCCAACUCCAAACUUCAUGCAGCCAAUGUGGCGCGAAAUGCGGUAGUCCGAGACAAAGGGCUGAAAUUACGCGACGAUCUUUAUUGGCAAGCUGUGGCGGCUGCAGAGAGCCCGAAUGGUGGGGCGGGUGACCCUUCAUCUGGGCCCGGAGGGGCUGUGUUGAAUAAUAUCUGGGAAGAAGAAGAAGUGGCUCGAGCCAUGUCCCGAGCCAUGGCAGGUCAAGGAGGAGUGGAUCUUGCACAGCUGGGAAUGAAUGCAAAUGAUUUUGUUCGUGGAGUGACGGAAGGGUUAGAUUGA